GUGUGUGUGUCUGAGUGUUUUCUCUCUUUUGUCAGUUUCUGUUUCAUUUCUGAAAAUCUGGGGUCCCUUCAAAAUUCCUCUUCUGUUUUGUUUUCUGCUUUCUUUUAGUACUUAAAUAGUAAGCAGAAUUUACUUUACUUGUGUUCAAACAAGAUUAUUCCCGUGAUUUCAGAGCUUUUUGCAGUUGUAAUAUCUCUGUGGUCAUUGUCAGAAAGAAAAAAAAACAUGUAUGUGUGUCAAUUACUCAUGGACAGACUAAUACUAGCCCCAUAUUAAGGUUGCUCUGUUUUUUUUUUCUUUUUCUAUUCCACUAAUUGCAUUAUAGUUGAUUACUUGUGUAUAUUGCUCAAGAAAAGCUCAAAGCUGGAGUCUUUGGUCUCUCUUCUAAUGGAAAAUCAUGUACAAGAGGCUGGUGGGCUUUGAGUGAAUCUUAUUUUGCAAUAGUAAAAGGAAAAUGUCAUUAAAUUCAAAGGAAGGAUGGAAAUCGUGCACGCCCCUCCGUCUGAAGAACAAAUCAUCAGCACAUUUUUGUUUGCUUCCCAAAACGAAGUCGGAUCGUUUUGAUCCUGAUGAGACACCAGUUUGUCUCAAUGUGUAUGACUUGACACCUAUGAAUAACUAUGUCUACUGGGCUGGCUUUGGUAUCUUCCAUUCUGGUGUUGAAGUUCAUGGUGUAGAAUACGCAUUUGGAGCUCAUGAUUACCCAACCAGUGGUGUCUUUGAAGUUGAACCGCGGCAAUGUCCUGGAUUUAUGUUUAGGAAGUCAAUAUUUAUUGGUACUACAAAGUUGGAUCCGAAUCAGGUUAGAGAGUUUAUUGAACAUCAAGCUGCUGCCUAUAACGGUGACUCGUAUCACUUGAUUGUGAAGAACUGCAACCAUUUUUGCAAGGAUAUAUGCUACAAGCUGACCGGGAAAAAGAUUCCUAAAUGGGUGAACCGUCUUGCAAAAUUAGGUUCAGCAUUCAACUGCAUGUUACCUGAUGCUUUAAAAGUUGCUGCUGUCGAAGACGAACCAAAUGGCCCAGAAUAUGUCAGUGAGAAGAGAAGGCUGAGAAGUGCUUUCAGUUGUCUCUCUUCAAUUUCAACAAGACAGCAGAAGUUAUCGACAUCUUCAGUAUUUCUACAGUCACCCCUCAAAGGCUGCUUACCUUCUUUGGAGUUGAGAAAAUCCACGAAUCGCUCUUCAAAGAAAAAGUAAAGAAAAUUUAUGGAGGCUCCCCAUGUAUUUUUGGAAAACUAAGAAAUGAUGAGAUUAACAUUCUUUAAGAAGGUAUACUAGUUGUAAUAUGGCAUUGCAAUUUC